AUGAUACCGCGUUUGUUACAGUUUAGUCUUUUAGUUUCUUAUGUCUCUGAAUUUACUUUCGGCUCAAUAUACGAGCAACUGCAGCCUAUCGAUGUGGUUCGGACGUCGACAGUCGGAAACACAAGUUACGACUGUUUCGAAGAUCAAUAUGAUAUGCCACUGGUGUUUUGGCAUAAAGCCAAUUUAGAAUCCAAAUUAUCGUUGAUCCGAUCAUUGGACAAUCAAGACUUGAGCAUUAAGCGUGAACUGCUAGCAGCUGGUUGUAAGUGGCUCUGGAAUUCGGUACCAGGGCUGAUAUUACUAGAAGUCUAUUCGGGUGACCAACAAAUUAAGUCUUUCAAAAAGCGUGGAAACGUAUACUCUUCAAUAAUAACUAAAAUCAACAGUACGCAUUGGAGGUGUGAGGAUAGCAGUUUUGUGGAACAUGUAGAAAUCAAUUUUGAAAAUAAAAUCACUGUUGUAGUUGAAGCCAAUUUGUCGGCAGUGACGAUCAAUCAGUGUGAAAAAUCUGGAGAACCAAAUGCAUUCAACGGGACGAACAGGUGCCACCAUACGACCUACUGUACUUAUAGGCCGGGUGAUCGACCGUUUGCUGCUGGAAAUUACUGGUGUGAGUGCAGACCAGGAUAUUAUUCAACAUUCGCCAAGUUCGAUGGGGCACUAGUAGAAUUGGCUUCACCGGAAGAUAUCGAUAGCAAAUAUUCGUGUCACAAAUGCUUGGAAGGAUGUGAUGUCUGCGAUGGACCUGAGAGCUGUAUGGCCAAAUUCAUGUGGAUUAAAAGAAGUACCUUUCUUGGUAUCACGGUCGUCUGUAUAAUAUCUACCGUGAUAUUGAUAUGGUUCGUCCAUAAGAACCGUCGAAUCAAAGUGUUCCGAAUCGCAAGUCCAACGUUCCUGAUCAUCACGUUGAUCGGCUGCAUUAUCAUGUACUCGGAAAUGGGCAUUAUGUUCCCUGAAUGCACCCAACAACUCUGUGUGGCAACUAAGUUGACACGACAUUUUGGCUUUUGCAUAACAUACUCGGCGCUGUUGAUGAAGACCUGGAGGGUAUCGCUGACGUACAGAGUGAAAUCGGCACACAAAUUGAAGCUCACUGAUAAACAGCUGCUGCAGUGGAUGACCCCGAUAUUGGUGAUAAUAUUAGUCUAUAUGGGAGCUUGGACUCUUAGCGACCCACCCCAAGCAGUACUGGAAAAGGAAAAGGAAACGAACCUGAGAUUUUGGAAGUGUUCGAACGACUGGUGGGAUUAUUGUCUGGCGGCUGGAGAAGUGCUGUUCCUGGCUUGGGGAGUUCGGGUGUGUUAUGUUGUGCGGAACGCAGAGUCGUUUUACAAUGAAGCGCAGUCCAUCAACUUUGCCAUCUACAACAUAUGCAUAGUGAACAUCAUUAUGAUGACGAUCCACUUUUUUCUGUUUCCCGACAUUGGUCCCAAUUUCAAAUACACAUUAGGAUUCAUCCGGACUCAAUUGAGUACUUCAGUGACCAUAGCUUUGGUGUUCGGUUCAAAAGUCGUGAGAGUAUUGAACGGCCAAGGUGACCACUGGGACAACAAGGCAAAAGGCCUAGUGUCAUAUGAAAUGAACGAUGUAUGUGAAGAAACUAACGAUUUACAGACAGAAAACGAAGAACUCAAAGAAGAAAUAUUCAAAUUGGCAACGCAAAUAGGUCUGUUGAAAAAUUCACUCAUGCAUGUGAAUAACAGACACCUGAGGAAGACUGGUUGUCAGUGUUGUAAUCCAAUUGCUUCGAAUCAACAGAGCCCUACAAGUAAAACGGGAAGUUUUUUCAAAAGUUUGGGAUCUAAUAGCUGUUUAGCGCCUUCAACAAGCGCUUAA